AUGUCUGUGUUGACUACCAAGCUCUACGCUCUCAAAGUGGGUCUCUCUUUUGCCUUAGAUGCAUCACUUAUGCCUAUGGUAGUUGAAUUUGACUACUUGGUUGCAGUGCAGUUGCUAUCAAAUGAGGAAAAAUGUUUAGCUCCUAAGGGUGUGUUGGUUCUGCGCAAAUCUCACGGCCUGGUGCUCCGGGCCGAGGGGAUGUGCAUCAACACGCAACGUCCUUCUUUUGGAUGCGGUGCGGUUGUGCGCGGGCGUGCUAGCACGGUCUACCGUGCGUCGAGAAAUGAUGAUGAGGUUCGGGUAGAAGAUGGUUAA